GAAACACGAUCAAGUAUACAUAUGUAAAUUUGAAUAUGGUGGCACAAUUGUGGAAAAACUUUAAGCCCAAAAGAUUUUGCGAUCCGUGCUGAACUACCUAACUAAAAAAUGUAUUUUCAGAUUUGUGACAGGGUUUCGUAAUAACUACGCAUGGUAAUUCCAGAGCAUCAAAUUUGGAAACAUAAUGAAAGUUACAAGGCGUGUUUAUACGGAAAAUUACGGCGAAUGUAUGCGUGAAAAUACAAUAUGGAUGGAAUUCAGAUCGAUAUUGACCUAGAUAGUAAGUUUCCUUCGACGACAACAGUUUCACCUCAACUCAUGCACAUGGAACAGGAGAGUGAAGAGGAAGUUCAUGUCCCAUUUACUUUUGUUGACGUGAAUGGGCAUACAGACAUAGACCUUGAACUGGAUGUAGACCCACAUCCAGCAUCUUCAUUCUCUAAGAUGAACUGUGAAGAGGAACUGAUCCCUCUCAACUGUGACACACUGAAGAGUGAUGAUGAGGAGAGACAAGUGGCUGAUGAAGCAGUGGUAAAGGCAGAAGAUGAAAAAAUGGGCGAACAAGGACAUGAAAUGGAUUUGGAAAGUGAUGGAACUUUGAGAGAACUGGCGGCAUUUCAAUGCAAGGCUCAAAGACUCAGCUGUGUCAUUUAUGUAACAAAGAGUUCUCCAAACUUCAUGAACAUUACCGUACCCACACAGGAGAAAAACCAUAUAAAUGUGGAGUGUGUGGCAAACUGUUCACUGUAAGAAGUUCUUUGACACGACACUUAACUGUCCACACAGGCUAUAAACGUCAUCAGUGUAAUGUCUGCUUUAAACGGUUGAGUUCUACGCGUUCUCUCAGAAAUCAUGAACUUAUGCAUGAGAAGAGACUUUAUCAGUGUCAAGUAUGCCAUGCUGAGUUCUCUAGGUCAAAGAAUUUGAGUAUACACUCACGAUUACAUUGUGAAGAGAACUGCAAUACCAGUAGUCCCUCAGGUCACAAAAAACUGCAUUCCUUCAGAAAGAAACAUAUUCGUUGUGAAAUAUGCUUUAAGAGAGUUUCAAAUAAGGGUAAUCUGUUUCAACAUUACCGCACUCAUGAGAAAGAAUCUUCUAACCCUAGGGGAGUGAAACCAUUUAAGUGUGACAUAUGUUCUAGGCGAUUCUCAAGUGUUAGUACUUUCAAACGGCAUUCCCGUAUGCAUAGGUGAAAAAGAUGAUGCCUCAAAACAUGUUUCAAUAAUUGUAAUCUUGAAUAAAACCAAGUAUUCCAAUGCCUGCAUGCACAUACAUAAGAUUCUCACUAUUGAGGCCCAUAUAGAAUCUCAUAGUUUGUGGUAGUGGAACAUUUGUUUCUCCAAGAACUUUGAUUUUUACUUCCCAAUCAUCAUUUUGCCAAUAAUCCAAACUCGCCUAUAACUACUUCUAAAGUGUGUGAUAGGCUCAGUUGGCCAACAUGUUAUUAUAAUCUUGGUCCUUAGUUGGGGCACUUCAUGAGUGCCUGACUUAAGAGUUAAACAUUUACUGAUGUACAAUGGAUGCAUAUGUGGGGUUGGAUAUUGAGGUAAGUCAUGCAAAAUCUGAAAGACUAUGCCCCAGUUAACAAGACAGAGAUGUUGACAGAAUCACCAUACAGCACAUGCGUUUGCUUCUCCUUUGCACAAGAGACUGGAUUAUAUGGGUAUGCUAGUAAUAUUACAGAAGUAUUUAUUUCAGACAGUUCUUUGAAAGGAACAAGGUAACAGAUACAAAUAUCCUGAAUUAUAUCACCCUAAAUUAGUUUAUAUUAUUGCAGUGGUAGUGCCUUAAAAUUAACUAUACCUUCGUUUUAAGUCCAUAUCCCUAAUCAUAAUAUGUGAAAAAAAAUUAAAUUCACAUGUAUAACAUUGUAAUACAGUCCUCUUUAAGAAAAGUGUGAUAAAUAUUGGUAUCAGUUUGUACAGUAAGGUUCCAAAUCAGAUAAAAUUAAGGGAAAAUUUAAAUUUAUUUAAAAAUUACUUAAAAUCCGUUCUAUUGAAUCACACUUUUUAUUCUGUUGAGGAAUUUAUGUAAUUUUAAAUUUUUCAUAUGUGUAAGCAUAAUCAUUGUCUCUUGAAAUGAUAAAUAUUUUGUUUUCACUUAAUUUUUAUAAUCUUGGAAACAUUGCUUUUUCUGGUAAUAGAAAUUUUGUAUGCAGGAUUGUCGCAUUGUAUCUGGAGGCUGUAUCGCCAAAUAUGGAUUUAUGGAACAAAUAAAGACAUAUGAUAUACGAAA